CAGGUUUCAGCCUCGAAGGUGUUGCAAGAGACUUGUAACUACAUAAAGAAUUUACACAGAGAGGUGGAUGACCUAAGUGAUAGAUUAUCACAGCUUUUGGAAUCAAUAGACAGUGACAGUGCUCAAGCAGCCAUAGUUAGGAGUUUAUUAAUGUGAACUUGGAGCUUAGAUGCUAGCUACUUUCUGCUUUGUUACUGUCUAGGGACUUGGGAAGUUUUAUUAAUUAAUUGAAGCUCCAUUGUAUCUCCUAUGAAUUAAUAUUCCAUAGACUUGCCUUUACUAAGUCAAAUAUAUAAAUAUAAUGAGUGAUUGAAGAUGUCAUCUAGGAUGUGUCAGUGUAUAUUCAGUUCUGAACUUGUGAUAUGCCAAAUUUGGAAUAUUUUCUA